AUGACCGUGGAUUCUGCGGUAACUAUUAUACCUAUUCUCCAACAAAAAUGUGACACUUUAAAAAGCAAGAUUGCAGAUUUCACUUUGGUUAAUCAGGCCUUACAAUUGAAAACUUAUCAACUAUUGAAUUUCAUCAAUCGUCACGAAGACUUCUCCGGUUUAAUUACAAAAGAAUACGAUGAAGUUUCUAACGAUAUUAAUAUUGUUCAGUCAGCUAUAGAUAGGUAUACAUGUGAACUGGAAGAUUGGAAAUCGAAACUUGAUCAAUAUAUGAUGAUGGUGACAACCGUGAUGUUGAAUAACAGUACUAAUAGUACAACUAGCGGUAGUAAUGUCAAUAAUCUUAGUAAUAAUAACAAUGGGGAUGACAGUAUCAAUUUGACACUUGGGUCAACCAAAUUACCUAUUGUUGCGUCAUCCCAGUCUCCGUCUCUUCCAUCCGUGUUAUUAUCGUCAACUAACUCUCCAGUUCAACUAGAUAAUUCAUCUUCUUUAGGAACUCUACAAAGUGUUAAUAAUAAAUCGUCCGAGUUUAAAUCAUCUCACCCAACAACAACAAAACUACGUCUACGUGCACACUUCCCAAACAGUCAAUUUACAUUAGUUGAAAUUAAAUCUGGUCAACAAAUUAAACAUGCUUUAGAAAAGAAAUUAUCACAUCGUGGUCUUCACUUAGAACAGUUAAUUGUUUACCGAUCACGUACAGGUCUACCAGUUUCAUGGGAAGAUGACGCUGAACAAAUUGCUUUAAUUGGUGAAGAAUUAGUAGUUGAUUUUGCUCGACGGAACGUUAAACGUUUAGAACAUCAUUUUCAAAGAAAGACAUUUUUUGAAAAAGCCUAUUGUAAUCUAUGCCAUAAGUCUAUAUUCCAUGGUGCUAUAUGUAAAGCCUGUGGUUGCGCCUAUCAUAAUCGUUGUCUUCCACGUGUGGAUAAGAAUUGUUUGUCUAAUUUAGAUGAUGAUGUUUUCUAUGUUGGUGAUCAACUAAGCAGUCGAAACUCUUUGGGUACAUCUAAUUCAUCUAUACACGGAUCAAAUUGGUUAGUUUCUUCAAAUGCAACACCAGGCUAUACACAUUUCUAUCAUUUUAAUCCUGAAGACCUAACAACAGUUCGUGUAUUGACUAAUUCUACUGGAGGUGGUUUCGAUAGUAAUAAUCUUCUAUUGAAUAGUCAAUAUCUUCCAGCAUCUUUCGGAAGUGGAGGCGGACAUUUUCCUCGUCAGUGUUUAUCACUAACCUGUAGAGAACGUUCAUCGUCAACACCGAAUGUAUCGAAUAAUUUAAUUCCACCAAAUCAGCAGAAAAGUUUAUUCACUCCUAGUUCACUUGGAAAGCGAGAGGCAAAUAAAAUUAUUCAAGGAUCCCCUUUACACAUUGUAUAUCCAGUUACAAAUUAUAAUUAUACAGCUGGUAAUGGAGUACCGGAAAGUCCGUCAAUUCCCACUGAUGGUUGUUUUCUAUCAAAUUUAUCUAUACCAUAUAAUCAAAGAUCUGGCAGUGAUCCAAAACAAUCUAUCAAAGUAAAAAAUAGACGUGGUUCAAAUGAUGAAUGGGAGAUAAAUGGACUGGAAAUUACUAAAGGUCCAAGAAUCGGUUCUGGAUCAUUUGGUACUGUAUUUAAAGGUUAUUGGCAUGGAAAUGUUGCUAUUAAAGAAUUGAACGUUGUUGAUCCUACACCACAACAAUUGAAAGCUUUCAAAAAUGAAGUCAGUGUAUUGAGAAAGACACGACACGAAAAUAUUCUUUUAUUUAUGGGUUGUGUCUCUAAACCAUGUAUAGCUAUCAUCACUCAAUGGUGUGAAGGGUCCAGUUUGUAUAAACAUCUUCAUGUGUUAGAGCAUCGUUUUGAUGUUCCAGAACUAGUCGAUAUUGCCAAGCAAACAUCACAGGGAAUGGAUUAUUUACAUGCUAAGAAUAUAAUACAUCGUGACUUAAAGUCAAGUAAUAUAUUCUUACAUGAUCGUACUGUGAAAAUUGGAGAUUUUGGUUUGGCCACAGUAAAAAGUCGUUGGUGGAAUACUGGUUGUCAACAACCAACUGGAUCUAUAUUUUGGAUGGCUCCUGAAGUUAUUCGUAUGGAAGGUGAAACACCGUAUACUAAUCUUUCAGAUGUAUACGCAUAUGGUGUAGUGAUUUACGAAUUGAUUACUGGUCAACUACCUUAUUCUCAUUAUAAUAAUCGUGAUCAAAUUCUAUUUCUUGUUGGUCGAGGUUUAUUAAAACCUGAUCUAACUGUAUGUCGUGCAGAUAUUCCUCAUCAAUUACAACGUUUAUCAUUAGAUUGUUGCAGUUUUCAACGUGAAAAUCGACCACCAUUCUCUCAGAUUUAUCCAUGUUUAGAUUCAUUAUAUCGUUCAUUACCAAAAUUACAUAAAUGUUCAUCAGAACCAAAUAUUAAUGGUGCUGUAUCACGUGGUGGUAAUGUAGCAAUUGGAUCUUCAAACAAUGAACGUUUAGGUAUAGAUGAAUUUAAUGAUAAACGUAUUAUUUCUAAUAAAUCCGCUACAGUUACUACUAAUUAUUUAAGUUUAUCACCAAAGACACCAUUUAAUAAUAAUAAUAGUAAUAAUAACAAUAAUAAUAAUGAUAAUAAUAAUAGUAAUAAUGGUAAUACAAUAUCAUCAUCAAUUACAAAUGAAUUGUUUUUUACAAAUCGUACAUUAACCGAUACUACUACUACUACUACUACUACUACUAUUACUACUUCUACUACUCCUAUUACAUCACAUUCAUCAAAUAACUUAGAUGAAAAAUCUACAAAUAAAACAAUGAGCAAUGACCAUUUAUCAUCACCUUCUCCACUUCAUCUUUCUGAUAAUAAUAAUAAUGAUACAGAAGAACAUGUUGAUCGUACACCAUCAUCGUCUAUCGUACAUAUUACAUCCUCUAGUACUUCUUCAUCACUAUUACCAUCAUCCAUUGUAAACGAACGUACAAUAUUGAUUGUAGACAAUAAAAUUGUAUAAAAUAGAUUGAAUAUAAUUUAUGAUAAAUAUUCUUUUUUUUUUCUUUUUACUAUUUGUUCACUAAUUUAUUUUAUUUUUUUUGAACAAAAUUUUUUUAAUUCUGUUUCUUUUGUUUGUUUGUUUGUUUGUUUGUUUUUCUUAAUAAUUGUUAUUGGAUUAACUAAAUUUCUCUCCAUUCAUAAGAUGAUAAUUAAAUAAUUGAAAUAUUUGUGUUGUAUUUAACCAUUGAAUUGUAACCCUUCUUUCUUCAUAUACACACGCACAUACAUAUAACAAUGAAAAAUUGUAUACAAAUAAAUCUACAUCCAUAAUACGUGAUCCACACACCACCCCCUGUUUCUUUUUUGUUUUUACAGUUUUAUAAUUGUAUAAAGUUUUCCUCUUUAUUAUUUCUAUUCAUUGUUUAUCAUUGUCAUCUGUGAUAGAUAAUUGUGUUUUAUUUUUGUACAGCUUACACUUUGCCUGCCCAUCCCCAUAUAUAUGCUGCUUUUUAUAUGACAAGAUUCUUUUCAUUGAUUUCAUGUUGUUAUUGUUGUUUGUUUGUUUUUUUUCAUUCUUCCCUUCUUUGUUUCCAUAAAGUCUUUGACAAAACAAUAUAGUUUCAUUUGGUUAUUUAUUUUCAUCUUUGGUCUUAGUGAUUUCGAGUAUAUUUUUAUGUUGUAUAUUUUUGUCAAAAAGAAACAUUAUGAAUGAUUAUUGUUCCAUCGGUGUGCAUAUAUAUAUAUAUAUAU